AUAAUCUUCGUAAAGCUUUUUUUCUUUUUCUUUAUUUUUCUGAUUGGGGAUUGAACUCAGGCGCUCAAGCUUUUGCUUUGCUCUUUUUAACCCUGCUGUUUGAACCACACCUGCACCUCAGCUUUUUGCCAGCUAAUGGGAGUUGAGUGUCUGUAGGGCCGGCUGGGAUCUGAGGUUGGUUACUCUCAGCCUCCUCAGGAAGGAAGGUAGGCUGAGUCACAGCGCCAGGUCUUGCUAGGGUUUGUCUAUACCCCUGGGGCCCAGUGAGGCCCUUGGCCACCGAGUCUCCCCUCUGUUCAGCCUUUGCAGCCUGCACGGGCUGUGUGGCGUUGCCGGACACGUCGGCACCGGUGCCUCCUGAGGGCUUCUCUGUAGCCCACUUGCUUUCCUUGCUUGUGCUCACAGGCCCGCAGCGUGGCACCUGAGGGCAGGUGGCGUGCAUGGGUGAAGCAGAGCUGGGCCUGGUGUGUGCGGCGCAGAGCCCUGCUGUUCCUGCUGGUGUUUCCCAGCGGGUCCGAGCCUUCCCCCGACGUCCUGAGGUUUGGACCCACAGUUGUCUGUGGCAGGUGACCGGUCGUGUGUGGCCGUCCUGAAACCACCCACGAUGUGCGCAGAGCCUGUGAUGGCAAGGAGAGGGCUGGCUGCCCCUCCCCCUCAGGUCCCUCGCGUGGGUGGGUUUAGUUCCUAGUGAAGCAUUCACUGGCCCUCCCGGGCAGCACCACUGACGGACAGAUGGCAUCAGUGGCUGCAGCCCCAUCCCCUCCCUGCUAUCUGCUGGGGCCGUGGGCUUGGGGUGUCCUGCCAGCCUUCGGGCAGGGCCAUCAGCCUAAGGCCCUGUUGCUGCCCACAGCUGGGGGCAAAGGGCACCAAGCCAUCUGCUGGAGGGCAGGCCUGGUGGACAGCCAGCCCUCCACUGACCGGGCUUUCCAUGGCUUCCAGCCCCCAGGCCCAUCUCCUCAUCUCCCCACCCCCAUCUUCUGUCUUCUCUCUGCAGCAAAUGGAAAGGAUCCUGAAGAAAGCAUCAAAAACCCACAAACAGAGAGUGGAGGACUUCAACAGACACCUGGACACGCUGACCGAGCACUACGACAUCCCCAAAGUCAGCUGGACCAAGUAGAGCGGCCGUCCACUCCCACCCCCUGCCGCCCAGCCUCCUCCAGACUCCUGCACCCCUCCCUCCCAUCCCCCACCGCCCAGCCUCCUCCAGACGCCCAGCCUCCUCCAGACUCCCGGCCUCCAUCCUGCAUACCCCUUCCCAUCUCGAGGCUUCCAGAUCUGAAAGAGCCCUUGGCAGUUCUCAGGGGAAAGCUGGCCUUACCCACCCGAAGGGUCUUUUUGAGGUGGGAUCCUGGAAGAGGCCCAGUCAGCUGCCCGCCAGGUGAAAAGGAGACCCUCACAGACCUCCUCCACGGGCAGCUCCAAGACCACCCUCACCCACCGCUUUCCACCAAAGUGGGACUCCCCGCCCAGGCUCCCACAGCCAUGGACGCUGGGGCCAGGCAGGCCGCGGGCAGAGCUGCCACCCAAGACAAGGGCUGGCCCUUCCCUGCCCAUCACCGCCAUGACGGACCUCCCUGAUGCAGGGAUCAGUGGGGUGAGGACCGCGGCAGAGCCACCAGCCACCCUGGACCCAGGCCCAGUAUGCACGCAGCUGCCCCGUGUGGGGCCGCGCGGCUCCCUGGCCUGAAGACAGUGACAGGAGCAGGACACCGAGAGGACACAGAGUCAGAGCAGGUGAUGCUUGGGGCCUGGGCCCAGCCCUGGACGACCGAGGUCUUUGAGGGCCUCCAGCUACCGUGUGGUCGGACUGCACCUGCUGCUGACAGACCCUGAACCAGUCAGCAGCCCCAGGAUAAAGCCUCAGGCUGUGUGUAACCUGCAUAAUAAAGCCUGCCAGAGCUU